ACAUCUCCUCUUGGCUCUUGGCCUCUCAGAUGGCGCGGUUGGAACUAUCACGCGUCAUUCCAAAAUGCAUCGCGUGUACAGCUCUGGUUGUGUUGAUGUUUCUCGACCUUGAGGUUCUCGGAUUCAGAGCUUCACCAUGGGUUCGGAGCACUGCAACCGUAAGUAGAGAAACAUGUGUCGCCCUUCCGGCUGGCAGAGGGGAUGGGGAAUGGAGAGGAGAAGGACGAGAGCCUGAGACUGGAGGAAACACUGGUGUGCCAUGUUCACGAAUGGACUUGCUCCGAUCGAUGGGGCUUGUUGGGUCAGCCGUCAUUGGUGGACAAGCACUGUCUGAACGAGCGGAAGCAGCAGGGAUGCAGGAGGAGGAGGAGGUACCGACUGUAGGAAAAAUCACCAAAGCCGGCAUCAAGUACUUCGAUUUCCGCGUCGGGGAAGGGCCAAGUCCCAGAUGGGGCCAGGACUGCAUUAUCCGAUUCACGAUGUAUGGGCGAUCUACACCAGAUGAAAAGUUGAUCAAGAUCCAAUCAUCAGACAACAACAAGGAGAAAUACCUCUUCAAGCACGGGAAUGGUUUCCAGAUCAAAGGGAUGGAAGAGGGCAUGCACAGCAUGAGAGUUGGGGGAAAGCGACGAGUAAUUAUGCCGCAAUCAAUGGGAUACAGUGUUCAAGGCCUCGGGCCUUACCCUGCAGAUCCAAGAAAACGGGAUAUUCUUGUCGAGGUCUUGACAUCAUUUGAGAAAACGACGACCGGAGAGCUUGUGAUGGAUAUUGAGCUAUUGGAUGCCUUUGAUGACGAAGCUGACCAAGGUUACUAUGAGGACACCGCCGUCACGCCGGAACAGCUGCAGGACAUCGUCCGAGAAACAGGGCGCUUCUCGGGGGGGCAACCAAUGGAGAAACUUCCUGGUCAGCUUGCCUCUCCGAUGGAAGACACAACAAGUAGUGCCGCUAAAAAAGGCGGUGCUGGACUCCCAGGCCAACUCGGCAAGGAUGUGAUGGGCGGCUAG